AAUCUGACGACGAGGAAGUGAAAACACAUCGUCGGACGUCAUUCAUUGGAAAGCCACCAUGGCAGCCACUAAAGCCUCAAAAGAACAGAAAUAUGACAGACAACUCAGACUGUGGGGAGAUCAUGGUCAGGAAGCCCUGGAGAAUGCACAUGUGUGUCUCAUCAACGCCACAGCGACUGGGACAGAGAUCCUGAAGAACUUAGUGCUGCCAGGUAUUGGAGCAUUCACAAUAGUUGAUGGACACACAGUUUCUGGGGAAGAUGUCGGAAACAACUUUUUCCUCAGCAACAACAGCAUCGGAAAGAACAGAGCACAGGCUGCCACUGAGCUUCUACAGGAACUUAACAGUGACGUCUCUGGAAACUUUUUCGAGGAGUGUCCAGACAAGCUCCUGGACAACGAUCCAGAGUUUUUCCAAAGGUUUACUUUGGUCAUCGGUGUCCAGUUGCCAGAAAGCACAUGUUUGAGGCUAGGCUCAGUUCUGUGGAGUGCCUCUGUACCCUUCCUUGUCUGUAAGACAUACGGCCUGAUCGGCUACAUGAGGCUUGUGGUGCAGGAGCAUACAGUGAUUGAAUCUCACCCGGACAAUGCCUUGGAGGACCUGAGGUUAGACCAGCCUUUUGCAGAAUUGAAGAACCACAUUAAGACCUAUGACCUUGACAGCAUGGACAAGAAGGAUCACAGUCACACACCGUGGGUUAUUGUUGUUGCCAAAUACCUGGAGAAGUGGCUCAGUGAGCACAACUGUCAGCCACCGAAAAAUUACAAAGAGAAAGAGGCCUUCAGACAGCUUAUCCGGGAAGGAAUCCUAAAGAAGGAGAACGGUGUGCCAGAGGAUGAAGAAAACUUUGAGGAAGCUAUUAAGAAUGUCAAUACAGCUUUAAAUGCAACUAAGGUCCCUACUGCUGUUGAAGACCUCUUCAAUAGUGAGCAGUGUAACAACAUCACAGCACCGACUCUGCCUUUCUGGGUGAUGCUGCGGGCUGUCAAAGAGUUUGUUCUCAAUGAAGGUCAUGGAAGUCUACCUGUUCGAGGGACCAUCCCAGAUAUGAUCGCAGACUCUAAGAAGUUCAUCAGCCUUCAAAAUGUUUACAGGGAAAAGGCCAUGCAGGAUGCAGCAGCUGUUUUUAAACAUGUAGAAAGUCUAUUGCAGUCUGUUGGAAAGCCACCAGAGAGCAUCUCUGAGAAGGACAUCAAACUAUUCUGUAAGAACUCAUCCUUUCUGAGAGUGGUGCGCUGCAGAUCGCUGGCUGAAGAAUACAGUGUGGAUUCAGUCAAUAAAGAUGAAAUCACCUCAUGCAUGGACAAUCCGGAUAGCGAGAUGGUCUUCUACCUCAUGCUUCGGGCCGUUGAUCGUUUCUACCAGCAGCAUUCACGCUACCCAGGAGUUUAUAACUACCAGGUGGAGGAGGACAUCAGCAAGCUGAAGCUGUGUGUGAACAGCUUACUGCAGGAAUACAGCCUCAACGUCAACAUCAAAGAUGAUUACGUCCAUGAGUUCUGUCGAUACGGAGCAGCAGAGCCUCACACAGUUGCUGCAUUUUUGGGAGGAUCGGCUGCUCAAGAGGCCAUCAAGAUUAUCAGCCACCAGUUUGUGCCAUUCAGCAACACUUUCAUUUAUAAUGCCAUGUCACAGACGUCAGCCACCUUACAGUUGUGAAUACACUUCUUUUUCCUCAGUUUGGUUACAGAAGCAUUCGAGGAAAUAGAGAAAGAUCAAAAAAAGGCUUAUACACACUUUCCUUAAUAAACCAUAACUGUAAACUGCACAUCAGUCUUUUGUAAGAGGAAAGAAAGGUAACAUUUGUGUCCCGUUGUUAUUGAAUAUUGUGUGCACUUAAAUGUAAAAAAAAAAUGCUUCUCAAGCAGAAAAUCAAGUAGAAACAUUUUGGAUUAAACCAUCUAUACAAACAUGGACAGCCUUGUUUUCUUCUCCUAAAUUCCUGUAAGGGAAGAGAUCAGGAUGAUGCCAUUUCUUUAACUUUUUGAUUUUUGUAGCUGACAUCAUUUAACAAAUCUAUACAUGGAAAUAGCAGCUUUAAAACCUUCAUGUUGUGAUUUCAUCAAGGAAACUCCACAUAUGAGUGAUAUCUUACAUUGCUGCAGAGCUCCAUCCAAACACUUUUUGUAUUUUCUUUGGAACAUAGUCAUAGAGUCUGCAUUCGAAUGAAAAUAAACAUUUUGUGUGUUGUGUUGAA